AAAAGAGCCGUCGUGCUGAAUAAUAACAACAGGCGCGUGGCCCAUAAGGGUGAAUAAAAAAGAGAAGUAUUUAGCUGAAACGGGUUCAGGUGAGGCAGUAACUAGGCCCCGACCGGACCCGACCCAAAUAUUGUCAUUACGGUAUUACCAGCUAACAGGCGGAGGCGGAGGCGUGCUGGUGAUUGCUCUGGUGGUCGCAGUCCGCUUGAUUAAAGUAAUUUUGAAUUGAUUAAAAUUGGGAAUUUUUUUGAAAUUGGGAUUCGAAUCUCAUCGCAUGACGAUUUCAGACGAGGAGGACGAGAAUUUAGCUCAUUUUCUAGAAUCGGAGGUGCUCUCCGAGGUCUCAGACCAGGAAGAGGGACAGACGGAGGAGGAGCCAAAACCCAAGAGAAGGCGGGAGCUUGAGGCAGAUGGAAACGGAGAUGGACGUUGUUGUCCUUCCUCUUCCUCUUCAAGUGCUACUGAAAACAAUAGCAACUUAAUGGCACCGACGGGGACCAGGAGGAUUGAGACUGGAAUUUUCAGCAAAAUACCACCCGAACUUUUCCCUCAUAUCCUCAAGUUUCUCUCUUCCGAGGAUCUCGUUGCAUGCGCGUUGGUGUGUAGAUUUCUAAAUUAUGUAGCAUCCGAUGAAUCCUUAUGGCGUCGGUUAUAUUGCAUGCGAUGGGGUCUUUUGCCUCCUUCCAGGAAACUUCGUGAAUGUCCUUGGAAAAAGCUCUAUAUUGAGCGUGAUGAGGAGGACAUGGUGGAGUUUGUUAGGAAUUGCCAACCUGAGUUCAAAGAGUACUACAUCCAAAUGCAAGCAGCAAAGAGAAGUCAGGCACCUCCGCGUUCGCAGGUAAUUGAUGACCGGAUAAUUCAUGACAAGACAGUAGCUGAUCAAGUGUCUAUGUGGAAAAGCAGUAAAGGCCUGAGUGACAAGAUGGUCACUGACCAUACUUGUUCUGGUGAAACAUGUUCAUUCUACCAAAUUGGUGAUGUAUUUGUCUGUGAGAAGACUGGACAUGUUCAUGUUUGUGAUGAUACAUGCAGAGAAGCCGUUAUGGAUCCUACCAAUGGGCUACUGGUCUGUACAAUAUCUGGUCACUGUUUCGAUAGGUUACUAUCACCAGCUGAAAUGGAACAAGAUGCCGAACAGCAAGGUGGUGUCACCGAUGAGGCAGAGCCAUUUAUGGGAUCUGGACGCUUUGCUCGAGCUUAUUUGUUGGGAUAUAAUUGCGCUGAUGAGAAAGAGCUAAAAGCUGCUUUGAGGUUUUGCUGAACCCAAAAGAUAGGUUUCUUUCGGGGUCAAGCGGAUGUUUCUAUUGGAGUAUCUAAAAAUGGCAGGGAAUGAAUCACUUAGUCGCCUCGGAAUGUACAAGAUUUUUCCUUAUGUAUCAAGUUCCUCCUCGGAAGUAUAGUAGAUUUUUCCUUCUGUAUCAAGUUCCUCCUCGGAAGUAGAGUAGCAUACUUCUUACUUUGGUGGCUCUUGUUGCUUCUUUAUGUAUUACUACGUAAUUUAUAGGUUGCUUUGACCCGAGGGGUCAUCUAGUUUUACACUAUGCAAGUAAUUCUCGCUUUGUUAAAGCCUCUCGUAAACUGUGUGGAAAAAGUUGGUGAUGAAAAACAUUGAACUGGGUUUCUGGACUA